GAUUAGGCCACAUAGCAUAUUUGUCACAUACACAAUUACGGAAAACCCCCUCCCCCAAGAGGCAGCAGCGAAGCGAACGUUCGAUUCCGAGAAAGAGAGAGAAAAUGACGAAGAAAGCUCCCAAUUCAGGGUUAUCGCGGCCUUUGUCUCCGUCGUGCAGUGGAGGAUCUACUCGGAACGUAGAGUUAGCUGUGAAGUCAAGUGAAAGUGUGAGAAGGUCUAAAAGACUGAGACUUAAGCCUUUGAGAAAGCCAAGUAUAAGCCAGAAGAAGAAACCUGUUAAACUUCGUUCCAAGAUGCCUAAGAAACCUCCCACUGCUUUCUUUUAUUUCUUGGAGGAUUUCCGGAAGCAAUAUCAAGAGCAGAAUCCGGAGGUCAAGUGCAUGCGCGAGAUUGGGAAGACAUGUGGAGAGAAAUGGAAAACAAUGACAUACGAGGAAAAGGUAAAGUAUUAUGAUAUAGCCACUGUGAAGAGGGAAGAGUUUCACCGAGAAAUGACAGAAUAUAACAAGAGAAUGGAAUUAGGUGAACACGAUGAAUCAGAGACUGACUCAGAUUAUUCUUAAUAGAUUAGUUUUUAGUUAUUAGAAAACAUUGUUCUAAGCCUUCUUCUAGGAUGGGUGGUUUGUAUAUUUGACAUUUAGAAGUUUCUGUUUCGUUGAGACCAUUCCCUGAUACUCGUUCUUAUGUGGACUACACUUGGAAAUCAAUGAAAACUAAUCUGUUUCUUGAAAAA